AUGUGGCGCCUCGUGUGCUCCGAUCCGCCAGUCACUGUUCAAGUGGGCGCUGACGCGCCGCGCUCGCUCGGUCGAUCGAGUCUGGGCGCGCACGUCUCUCGCGAGCAGCCGUACCAGUUCGUCUCACGCACGCAAGCGUCGCUUUCGGUGGAUGACGCGGAGACGCUGAGCGUCACGGCCGUGGGCUCAAAUCCGACGCAGGUGCGACGCGCCAACGGCGUGCUGAGCGUGCUUCCAAAUGGCACGGCAAUGCAGCUCGACGCGGGCGAUCACAUCGUACUCGACCGUCAGAAAAGGGACGGCUCCGUCAUCUUUGUUGUGCACGGUCCGGCCGCGGCGGCGCUGCCGGCCGCACCGCUUCUCGAGCUUCUCAGCGUGCGCGAUGCGGACUCGCUCGUCGGUUCCGACGUGACCAGCGGCGUGAAGCUGGUCCUGCUCGUGGAGCACGCGGCGGAUGCCGCCCACGACGUUGCCUAUGUGUGGUUUGCUUGGGACACGCUGAUCAAGUACGAGCGCGCGGCCGGCACGGAGCCGCUGCGGCAGCUCGCGGCGCGGCUCACGCCCGGUGGUCGCUUCUACGAGGCUGCAGCCAAGACGGAGUGGGUGGACAAGCAGCGAGUGGACGAGGGCCUCAAGCCGUGGCGGAAUGUCUGCGAGUGGAAGUGCAACCCGCCGCACACGUGGCAGAGCUUCUCUCAGGACGCGCAACGCCUGGCAUCCGCUGCCGCGUGCGGACCACGCGAGCUACGCGGCGCUCUAGAGGCCCUCGCACCUCCGAGCUCGGACCAUCUCCCGCCUGCUCGCGAGGGGAGUGGAGGCAAGCGGCGGCGCAACGAGCCGCCGUCCGCGCCAGGGCCGUCUGCUGACGACGACGGCGGGCGGGCGCUUUGCCCGCCGUGGGAGCUGCCGUUGGGCGAGGGCCGCUGGUACCUGACUGCGCGACACCUGCAUGGCGGCACGGUCUCCUACGGGGGCCGCAACAUCACGCCGAACGAACACAGCAAGCCGUGCAGCCUGGCCGCAUUCACGCCCGAGUACGUUCCCGCCGACCUCGCCUCGACACUCACGCGCCUCCUCGAUGGCGUCGACGUCGUGCCCUUCGACGACUCGGCGCGCUUCGAUGACUCGGUACAAGCACCCGCGACGGUCCCCAACGCGUUCGGCGGCAUGCGCCCGCCCAGCUCGCCCUCGCGCCUGGCGUUCGCCGAGGCGGAGGGCUUGACGUACCGGUACGGCAGGGUGCGGUACGCGCAGCUCUGCCGGCUGCUGCGAAGGCUCGCGGCGCAGCUCUCGGAGCGGGAGCUGAAGGGGAGACCGCACAGGUACGCCGGUCGCGACACGUGCCUCUCGUGGCACCGCGACAGGGCGGAGGCGCAGGGCUCGAGCGACGCGGGGCAGGUCUACGAUACGCCCGUCGCCUCCAUCUCGCUCGGCGCGUCGCGCGUCUUCGCGUUCUGCCCCGACGCGUACAAGGACAAGCAGCCGCAGUACGGGCUCCGCCUCUCGCACGGCUCUCUCCUCGUGAUGACCGCCGAGUGCAACCGCGAGUACGCGCACGCGCUGCUGCAGGGCAGCACCGCGGAUGGGGAGGGCGCGCGCUACAACCUCACCUUUCGGUGUAUGCAGGGCGGGCCGCCGGGGGUGUGA